GUAGUCGAGGAUUUGGACACCAAGUUGCUACAGAUGCUCUGGUUCAAAUGGAAAAAGCUAUGAAAAGGGAUCAAAUUCUUGUCAAUGACAGACAAUUGGCCUGCGCAAGGAUAAAUUCUGCUGAAGGUCAAGAUUAUUUAAAAUCUAUGGCAGCAGCAGCCAACUUUGCAUGGGUUAAUCGCAGUUCCAUGACAUUCCUGACUCGCCAGGCAUUUGCUAAACAAUUCAAAAUGGCUCCCGAUGACUUAGAUAUGCAUGUGAUCUAUGAUGUUUCACACAAUAUUGCUAAAAUAGAAGAACAUGUUGUUGAUGGAAAAUCUAAGACCUUACUCGUCCAUAGAAAGGGUUCUACAAGGGCAUUUCCUCCACAUCAUCCGUUAAUUCCAGUUGAUUACCAGCUAACCGGCCAGCCUGUGUUAAUUGGAGGGUCGAUGGGAACAUGCAGCUAUGUGCUCACUGGCACUCAUCAGGGCAUGACAGAAACGUUUGGAUCUACCUGUCAUGGAGCUGGUCGUGCUCUGUCACGUGCCAAAUCCAGGCGUAACAUUGACUACAAGGAAGUAUUGGUUAAACUUGAAGAAAUGGGCAUUUCUAUUAGAGUUGCUUCACCAAAGUUAGUUAUGGAAGAAGCACCUGAGUCUUACAAGAAUGUGACUGAUGUAGUAAAUACAUGUCAUGCUGCUGGAAUCAGCAAAAAGACUGUUAAGUUACGACCAAUUGCUGUAAUCAAAGGCUAGUUUUAAUAAUUGUGUCCUGUAUUA